AUGUCACAGAUGCGCAGGCAACUCCUUGGCACCGCGGCCAGCUGCGCGGGUUGGGUGGGAGUCAUCGUGGCCACGGCCACCAACGACUGGGUCCGGACCUGCGACUACACCGUGACCACCUGCGUGCGCAUGGACGAGCUGGGCUCCCGCGGCCUGUGGGCAGAGUGCGUCAUCUCCCCUUCCCUUUCCCACUGCGUGGGUCUCAACCAGAUCCUCACACUGCCCGCCUACCUCCAGACGUCUCGUGCUCUGAUGAUCUGCGCAUGUCUGCUGGGUCUCCCCGCCGUGCUGCUGAUCCUCAUGUCCAUGUCCUGCGUCCGGCUGCAGAACGACACCUCGGCCAUCAAGCGGCGCCGCGCCCGAGUGGGAGGGGUCCUCUUCCUCUUCAUGGCUGUGUGCAGCAUCAUAUCAACCGUCUGGUUCCCUAUCGGCGCUAAUAAAGAGGAGCAUCUGAUGUCCUUCGGCUUCUCGCUGUACUCGGGCUGGGUCGGCUCCGCCCUCUGCCUCUUAGGUGGCCUCCUGAUCUUGUGUUGCCAGGGCAUCGACCCCGGGACCCCGAGUAGGGACAACAGCUUCUACUACUCUGGGAACAGGGGGACGGCCACGCUGAUGGACCCUCCUGCCAACCAUGCCAAGAGUGCCCAGGUGUGAAGAAGCCAGGGGCUCUGUUCUUAACAACAAAGU